AUGGUUGUCAUCGAGGAGAUUGACUCUGCGCGCCCAAUCUAUGGCCCACCAGACCCGCUCGCCUUCCCAUCCGGGCCCUCGGGUGCGAAGAAGGCAGCCGCGCAGCCAAUGGAGCAGGAGCCUGAGAAGGAGCAAGAAGGACAGAUUGAUUUUACACAGCCGGGAAACGUCGACAUGGCGCGGCUCGUCUUUCUGCUCGGCAACUUUGCAAUCGCCAUGGUCACGCAGCGCACCCUGAUGUGCGUCAAAAAGGUGGCGAAUCCAAAGAGGAUUGCGGAGCCAGGCCCUGUGUGGGCGCCGUACGCGAGCGAGGACGGCUCAAUCUCGGUGGAACAGCAUGACGCAAUGGUGGUGCAGGGGCUGCAGAGGAAGCAGUUCCUCUCCUUCCUCCUCAUCGGGGCGCUGCACUACUAUUGGAAGCUGAUUCCGCCGAUGCUUGUCUCGUGCUUCAUCGGCGUCAAGGGUUUGUACGACUGCCCAGCCGUCCACAUAUACCUAUUUGGCACCGAUGAGGCCGCGUACACGCGGCCGUGGGGCAGCACCUUUGUCGAGAGCAAAGAGGGAGAUACUGCAGCGGCGCCUGCAGCGCCGGCUCUGCCGGCCAACAUGUCUGUGAAGGAGGCGCGGGCGAGGAGCUUAGGGGGCAAGAAGGCGAGGUGA